UGAAAGCUUAAAACAAACACACUUCAUUUGCGUGAGAUAGCGAGAUGGCAAGAGUAAAUACAGAGAAUACAGGAAAUAGUAAUACGAAAUAGUCACAUUACGUAAAUAGUCAACAGACGCGACAAAGACAGGUGCGCUGUUCAUUGGCCGGAUAUACACGCACAGAGACACAAUGGAUGCAUUUAUUAUGACGUCACUUUUCAACAGAAGGCCACGGUUAAAUGCGACGUUGAAACAUCUGUUGUUGCUGGAACUGGUUUUAACUGCUACGUACGACAAUACAAGUGUUUCCACGAUGAGUUAUUGCUUGUUUGUUUUUUUUACACCGAAGAUGCCUUAGACAUGAAACAUUUGUUUUCGCUGGCGCUGGUUUUAACUACUACGUAUGACUAUACCAAUGUUUUCACCGUGAAUCAUUGUUUAUUUGUGACACCGAAGAUAACUUAGACGUAUGAAUGUACGACGUUGAGACAUUAGGUUGUUGCUGACACUGAAAGUAACUACUACGUAUACAAUCUGGACGAUAUAACUAUUAACUUAUGCCAAAAACGUUCCUCUGGACAAGACAGAAUCCAAAGGAGGUUUUGACAAGGUCAUUAGUGCUUUCUAGGACCAUACAUAUUUCCUUAUCCGUCUUUGUGGAAUUGUCACUUCCAAAACUGGUUUGGCAAAUCUCAAGUGCAGCAGACCUAGACCAGUGAAUAUAUUUUCGUAUCUGUGCACAAGACAGAUUCAAAAGAAUGUUUUGACAAAGUCGUUAAUGUUCCUAUGAAUCUUUAUGAAUUCUACCCCCAAGACUUGUUUGACAAAUGUCAAUCUACAGGAGAUAUAGCUCAAUGGCCAUUAACACAGUUUUUAUUGGAAUAACAUCAACCGUUUAUCUCAAGACAGAUUCCAAAGGAAUUAUGUUCCCUAGACUUGUAAGAAAACUCUCAACAUACAGGAGAUAGAGCUCAGUAUGCAUUUACACCGUUUGUAUUUGGAUGCCAUCAAAUGUAUAUUUGCACAAGACAAAUUCCAAAGGAUGUUUUGACAAGGUUAUUACUGUUCUGAUGAAUUGUUAGGACUUUACUCCCAAGACUGACUUAACAAAUCUUAGCCCACAGGAGAUAGUUUUCAGUGGACAGUUAAAGUUUGUAUUGGGAUGUCUUUAACAGUAUUUCUGUACAAGAUAGAUCCCAAAGGAGGCGUUGACAAGGUAGUUAAUGUUCUCAUGAAACUUUAGGAAUUCUGCACCCAAGACUUGUUUGGACAUUACGACAGUUUGUAUUGGGAUUGCAUCAACCGUAUAUCUGCGAAAGAUAUAUUCCAAAUGACCAGGUUAUUACUAUCCGUAUGAAACUUUAAGAUUUUACUCCCAAGACUUGUUUGUUUGAGAAAUCUCAACCUAGAUGAGACAGAGGUCAAUGAAUAUUUACACAGUUUGUGUUGGGAUGCCAUCAACUGUAUAUCUGCUCAAGACAGAUUCCAAAGAAUGUUUGACAAGGUCAUUAAUGUUGCCAUAAAUCUUUAGGACUUUUACCUCCAAGACGUCAUUGAAAAAUCUCAAUCUGCAGAACACAGAGCACAAAUGCUAUUUCGACAGCUGUGUUGGGAUAUCAUCGGUCGUAACUCUACACGUGAUAGAGUCCAAAAGAUGUCAGGACAAAAUUGUGACUGCUCCUCCAGUAAAUCCCAGUCAAGUACUUCGUCUAUAGAUGGACAGCCUCUUCUCAGGACGUUACAUCCUCCCAGUUGUUAUGGGUUGUUUUCACUGGCCAUCCGAUUAACCGCUCAUGUGAUUACAAUCUAUACUUCGUCGAAUAGGAGGAGUGCCUUUGCACUUGCUAUUGAGACCGAUGUUGAAACUCUCUCUCUCGUUCUCGCAGACACUGAAGUUAACCACUGUAGGAAUAAGCCAUGUCGAAAGACGAUGGAUAUACAGCUUUGAAACGGGAUAUCAGUGGAAAUUGAAUGAAUGAAAAUCAUGGAAUCGAGUACCAGUGAAUAUAAUAUUACGACUUCCAGCGAAUUCACUUCAAAUUCGUGCGAAUAUUCAAACACUACGACACAAUCAAACACUGCGAUAACACUUGAAGACUUUCUCGAGUACCAGAUCUCAGUGCAAAUCCACCUUUAUUACCUUCCGGUACUACUAUUCAUCGGGAUUCCCGGAAACGCCAUUACGUUCGUCGUGUUGGUAUUUUCCUCCUUCCGUAAGAGCACCACCUCUAUGUACCUGGCGGUGAUCUCUGUCCUGGACACUCUUAUAUUGCUGGUCAGUGCGUUUUGGUACGCGAACCGUGAGGUAUCGCAGUUGGACCUCAUCAACGACGUCACCUGCAAACUCGUCUUCGUAGUCUUCUACUUCUCUAUCCACUACAACGUCCUCCUGGUGGUGGCUGUGACGGUGGAGAGGUUCAUCGUGGUCGUGUUCCCGCUGAAGGCGCAGUUGUGGAUCUCCAUGAGGAGGACUGUCGUCGUGAUCGUCUGCUGCGGAGUCUUCUCGUUUGGUCUCAAUCUGUGUCACGUAUUCAUCAGGACGGCGAAGGUGUCGAGAACGACGGGCAAAUAUUUUUGCGGGCGAACCAGAGAACCAGCGACCAAGUUAUUUCUGGAGAAAGCGUUCCCGUGGAUCGAUUCCUUGCUCUACUGCAUUCUGCCUAUGAUGUCACUCUUUGCUCUAAAUACAAUCAUGAUACAUCACAUGAAGAAGCACAUAAGCAGGUGCCUCAGCUUGCGCAAUUCAAAAACAAACGAAAACCAGUCUAACCAAAGACAGAUGACAGUGAUGCUCCUAUUGGUCUCCUUUUCAUUCCUCCUUCUCACUGGACCAAUGGGGAUCGUUCUUAUCGUUGAGAGGUAUGUCUGGAUCCCGAGGACGCUCAAACAGACGGCUGUGUCACGCCUACUCCACAGUGUCAUCGACAACAUGAUGUAUAUGAACCACGCAAUCAAUUUCAUGUUUUACUGUUUCACCGGGCGAAAGUUUAGGAACGAGUUGAAACGGAUGUGUUGUUGUUUUGCCUGUAAAAGGAGAAAGUCUGGUGUGCAGCAGGCUAUCAGUUCAGUGUCAGGGUAAACAAAAGCAGGUGGGGUUGUUUUUCCACACAGUGGGUGUCUUUAAAGAGUUAUCUCCAUUGGUUGCAAAAUGGCGCUUUGCACUUGGAAGUACCGGCCUCGGAGGUGUCGUGGUUAAGCCAUCGGAUAUAAGAUGGUAGGUACACGGUUCUCACCCCGGUACCGGUUCUGCGGGCCAAUGGUUCAGUGUCAGCUUAAAGCAGAACCAGGCGGUUGUGUGUUAGUGGGGGGGGGGGGCUUUAGCCCUCCUACAAUGGAUGCACAUACACAAUGGAUGUCAUUAGAGAGUGAUCUCCCUUGACUGAAAUGUGGCGCAUGGUUGACACAAACAUACAGCGUGCCAUUAAAACAGUGAACGUAAAACAGAAUCAAGUGAUAGUAGUGAACUUUGGUGACCUCACAAUGACCUUAAUACUCAUCAGAAAAAAAAUGGAACCAUAUUUUUGUCUGACUCUUAUUACAAUAAUGAUUAUAAAUGUCACUGGUUUCAAAAAUUAACAUGACAUUCCCACGGGACCUAUUUUAGCUAUACUAUGUUCCUUCUUUACACACUGAGUGUGGUUUGCCUCUCUUUGAAGGUACACACAUGCCUGAAUGUGUAUGAAUACCGAUUA